AUGAUCAGAUACUUAAAAAGUGACAUAUUCAAGAAAUAUGUGCCCGACUGGACCCUUGGAGUUGGUUUAAUUAUUUACUUCUUUGCUAUUGCAGAGCAUGCAAGGCCAUUUGCUAGGCAAUUUAGUUUAUCUGAUCUAACAAUCCAGCACCCGUUUGCAGUGCAAGAAAGAGUAACAGGUAUAGAUUGCAUAAUAAUAUCAUCUAUUGGGCCUGUCAUUGUGAUGUUGUUGGUUGUUGCAUUUAGCAGCAGGGGGCAGAAGUUUUCACACGAUCAAAUCCACCUUCUCCAAAUUUCGGUAUUGGGGUUAUUUUUGAGUUUGAGUAUUAAUGGGGUGUUCACUGAUAUUUUGAAGAACUGGAUCGCAAGACCAAGACCUGAUUUCUUGGCGAGAUGUGGUCCCAAGAAAGGAACAUCAUUAGUUGAGUUGGUUGGAAUAGAUGUAUGUACCGCUCCAUUGGGUCAAACUGCCUUGGUAGAUGGUAUGAGGUCGACUCCCUCGGGUCAUUCAUCGAUAUCUUUCUCUGGAUUGCUCUAUUUGACGUUGUGGUUGGUUGGACAGUUCCAACUUUUCAAUAAGUCACACCCUCUUUAUAAAUUAUUGCUUUGUCUGACUCCGUUGCUUGUUGCGUGUUACAUUGCUUUAAGUAGAACACAAGAUUACAGACAUCACUUUACGGAUAUCAUAAUGGGAGGAACUAUAGGUAUCGGUUUUGCAUUAUCGGUUUAUCAUAGAUAUUUUCCAUACGUAUGGAGUAAAAACAGUAACCACCCUAUCACUGACGAAGAUGACACUAUGAUUUUACCAACAUAUAAUACUAAUUAG